AUGCUCGCAGAAGUGCGGGUGCCCCUCAAACAGGCAGACAAUCCGGAGGAUGGGUACUGGGCGAAUGCACAGGAGGUCUCGGAUGAGCUGCAGGCGGGGCCAUCAAGGAUUGACGGCCGCGCGAAGGUGUACGCCAUGCGAGGUCGAUUUCGCCAAUACUUCCUGCGCAUCACUCCAGAGAACGGUCUAGAGUGCGAUUCUGCGAAUUUGAAGUCAUCGCUUGAACGAGUCCUCGAACUGUUCGUUGAAGACGUCAGUAUUCAUUCUGCUCACGUUGUUUUUGUCUACUGA